AAUCCUUGCAGUGGCAUCAGUUACCCAACGACCGAACAACACAGACCACAAUGUUCAAGCUGGUGGUGUUGUGCGCUUUCCUCGCUGCGGCGACCGCCGAUCCUUCCGGAGCGUUCUACGCCCAGCCUUUGACCUACUCGUCAACCGUGAUCUCGCCAGCGGUCACCACCAUCUCCAAGUCGGCCAGCAGCGUCGUUCACCCAUCACCUACCUAUUACUACAGCACUCCCUCUAUUUAUUCACACUUCAUCAAGAAACGUGGUGCGCCUUUCUACUUCCCGACCACCUAUGCGGCGGGUUCACCUCUGCUGGCGACGUCAUACUCCACCCCGAUCUUGCACAGCACGCCGUUGGUGGCCAGCACACCUCUGAUCUCGACCCCUAUCGCCGCUGCGCCCUUCGGCUACCCUGCUGCGCAUCUGAUCAAGAAGAGGUCGGCUCCCUUCAUCAGCACUACUGCAUACAGCGCUUACUCUCCUUUAACUUAUUCCACACCGUUGAUCUCUCAAUCUCCACUGAUCUCCGCAGCUCCUUACUACUCUUCUCCCAUUCUUUCCCAUGCUCCUCUGGCUAUUCCUCACCUGAUCAAAAAACGCUCUGCCCCUAUCUUGACCAGCGCUUAAGAUAAGA